CUGGUCGAUGCUGAAGUACUUGCCGAGUGAAAGGAUUUCAGCUGACGAGGUUUUAGAGUCAGAAUGGAUGCGUAGGUGGGCAAUCCCUGAACUCGAUAGAGCUGGAACUGAAGGUGAUAGCGACACAGACAACUCGGGGUUGGAUAUUGAACGGAGGCCCUAGGAACAUAUCCGGGAAUCAGAUGAGAUGAAAUUAGGACGGGAGUAUGAGUCGAUUCCAAGUUCAUCUUCACAACGUAACAUAACGAAGCAAGAAAGCUAGACUUCCUUCGAAAGCUCAUACAUGAUACGGGCCAUUUCUUGAUCGUUAUUUGCACAACACAGCCAUCUAUACAGUCAACAUUAUACAGUCAAAGCACAGCAACCUAGCCCAAGCGCUCAAAAGAUGAAUCCAAACCCGCUCUCGGAUCGCGAAAAGGCGAUGGAAAACCAAUGGAUUAAGGAAAAGGAGAAACGGAUGGCAAAGGAGAUGGCUGCCAAAACGCAGGCCACCAGAGAUGCGGGGUCCAGCAGCACAGGACAGCAGCAAGCAAGCCAGGAACAAAAGUGAGGUUGUCAAGGACCAGGAAAAGAAGCCCACAGUCGCCUUGUUGAUAGCACGAUCGAUAAAACGUGAUUGCACAAGAAGGCCAAGGUAUAGAUAACCAACAGAUCACAGUACUUCGAGGGAAAGCAUCGGUUGUCUCCAGAACCCUGGCUGUAUUCAGUACGUGACAGGACGUGCAAUGGACCAUG